CUUCUUUUGUAUCUCAAGAACUUUCUGACAUUAUUAUUAUUAUCAAUGGCUGCUGAGCCUGAGCCUGCUGUUGAAGAUAUCCCUCAAAAUGUCUGUUCUGGUGCCGAAGGCAAAAGCAGCUUGAGGAUGAUGGCUAGUGCGUAUUACCUUCCAAAAGAAAACAGCGAUAAUAAUCCUUUAGGCCAAGGAGCCCACUUCAUCUGCGACGAACAACAAACCUUCGGAUUGGCCGACGGCGUCAGAGGACCCGAUUCCGGCGUGUACGCCGGAAAUUUUAUACAGAGUGCCGUUGGUUUGGUUCAAGAAAAACCAAAGGGCGGCGUGAAUCCUAAGCAAGUUAUCCAAGAAGCCUUUUUGCAGAAUAAGGGCGUAGAAGGGUCAAUCACUGCUACCAUAAUCACCCUGGAGGAUGAUUCUUUGAGAGCUCUGAACAUGGGAGAUAGCGGAUUUCGGAUAAUCAGGGACGGAAAGAUUGUGCACGAAUCCACGACUCGAUUGAGAGGCUUCAAGCGUCCAAUCCGAAGAAGAAAUCCCACCGGAACUCUUCCACCCCCGGCGCAGGAAAUCGCCUUCAAUGUGAAACCAGGGGAUGUUGUGGUGGCCGCCACUGUUGGCUUGUUUGAUAAUGUACCCGCUGAAGACAUUGAACUCAUGAUAAUGACUUCAUUCCUAGAUGAAGAUACCCCGCCGGAUUUGGCCGCGGAGCGUUUAGCCAAGAUGGCGAGGUCUGUCUCUUCCGAUAGGAAGAAUUCCGUCAAUGGUGGUGGAUAUGGUUAUGUGAAAAUCAGGGGAGACAAGUACGAUAAUGUUACUGUAAUAGUCGCUUACCUCUACGAACCAGAUGCAAGUCCAAUGGAAAUUGAAGAAAGUGACAUAACUUCAUAACCUUCCCCUGUGAAAGAGUGAACAUUUUAGCUUGCUUGCAGUGGGGUCCGUAGAUAGUCUGAAAAGUUCAAUUCUGAUGGAAUUCUGAUGCAAGUUAAUUUAGCUGUAUACUUAUUUAUUUUGAGCAUAAUGUAAGCCGAGUCUAGUAACUUUAAAGUUGUAAGUUGUAAC